CGGUGGAGUGUGGACGGUGUCUGUGCAAAAUUUUUAGAAUUUGGUUAUUUGGACUGUUUACAACAUCGUGUUGCGGAAUAUUUUCGAAAUUUUAAAUUUAUUGAGUUGUAACCUAAUCUAUUAUUGUGUUGUAGGGUUAUAGAGCAUAGUGUCCAUAAUAAAUUUUUAUAUUCCUGUGGAAAAAUGUCUCAGGCGGUUGCAGCUCCACCAAAAGAGCGCUACGUUCCAAAUGGGCUGAAAUUCGCCUUCGGUGGCCUUGCCGGUAUGGCAGCCACCUGCGUAGUGCAGCCACUGGAUUUAAUCAAAACAAGAAUGCAGUUGAGCGGUGGAGGCCGAACAUCAUUUGCUGUGGCUGGAGAGAUUAUCAGCAGGGAGGGUUUCCUGUCUCUGUACACUGGAUUGUCAGCUGGUCUACUCCGACAAGCGACAUACACAACCACACGUUUGGGAAUAUACAACUGGCUAUUUGAUUCAUAUAAGGAACGCAACGGCGGCACGGCUCCGGGCUUCGGUAUAAAGACAGUACUGGGCAUCACCGCGGGCUCCGUCGGCGCCUUCGUCGGCACUCCAGCUGAGGUGGCCCUUAUAAGAAUGACAGCAGACGGUAGACUACCGGCGGAACAGAGGAGGAACUACAAGAAUGUAUUCAACGCACUCACUAGGAUCAUUAAAGAGGAAGGUGUACUGAAGCUGUGGCGCGGCGCCACGCCGACCGUCGGCCGCGCGAUGGUCGUCAACGCCGCGCAGCUCAGCACUUACUCACAGGCUCGCGAGGUGUUCGCGGCGUACGUGGCGGAGGGCAUCACUCUGCACUUCUGCGCGUCCAUGGUCUCCGGCCUCGUCACCACCAUCGCCUCCAUGCCCGUCGACAUCAUCAAGACCAGAAUCCAAAACGCAGCAAAGGGCCAGUCUCAGGUCGAAGUUGUGACGUCCCUACUCAAGAACGAGGGCGUCUUCUCCCUAUGGAAGGGCUUCCUGCCCUACUACACCAGACUCGGCCCUCACACAGUCCUGACCUUCAUAUUCUUGGAGCAGAUGAACGCUGCCUACCUAAAGUACACAUAGGCUACUUAACAUAGGCGGUGCUUCAAGUAGCUUUUGGUUGAGAACGUGAUAACUAUAUUCCUGAAGCAGAAUACUUGAACACAUAGGCUACAUAGAAGUGCUUCGACUUAGACUGCUUUUGGGUAAUAUGUUCAUUGUUCAACUUAUUCCUGAAGCAGACAAUUAAUUGAACACGUAGGCUACUCUACAUAGGCUGUGCUUCAUAGGCUGCUAUUGGUCACACUGAACUUAUUCCUGAAGCAGAAAUCAGAAUACUUGAAGUUUGUUUACUAUACAUAGGCUUUUUAUGCAUAGGAUGAAGUAUGAAAUACGGAGGUAUGUAUUUAUUUUUCGUACAAAAUAGCACAAUUUUAAAGCAACUUAUUUAAAGAUUGCCUUUUAAAGGUCAGUUUUUUUUUUUCUAU